AUGAAUCCUGACAAGCACAUAACGGAAAUACCAAACCCACGCCGGAUACUCGCCGUUUGCUUGACCGACUCGGCGCAGCACCUCAGUGAUGUUAUCAACGUGGCCCGGCCCUCCAUCGCUUACUGUACUAACCCCUCCACGAAAACACCAGACCUAACAGGCAGUCACCCUUCACCGCAACCGACCUCUUCCGGAGAAGAAUUCUCACACGACGGCAGCAGCACCCUCGCAGGGACAACCCAUCCCCUGCGCCUGGCCACGCCGUACUACACGGCCUCCGUGCCCAUCUGGCUCGACCUGAUCGCCUCGCCUGCCGAGUGGUCCGCGUCGUUCCUGUCGCCCGAGGCCAAAGAAGUUUUGGGUGUGUUGGGCGGGGUGCUGGUCGUGUUCCGACUGCCCCCCUCUCGCACACUUAACCCCCCAGGCUCCGGAUCUACAUCGGGUUUGGAAUCGGCAUCAUCAUCAGCGCAAUCCUCAUCGUCUCCGUCUAACGACGAAGAGGGGCGGGCGGUCAAAGAGCUGAUUACGCACGUGGGCAGAGUCGUGCGGGAAGGGUUGGGUGGUUGGGAGUGGGACGGUGUUGGCCUAGCGGUGGGGAUUGGGGAGGGCGGCAACGGGCUGGAUGCGGAGCUGGAUGAGUGGGAGGACUUGUGUGCGCAGUCCGGGCUGGAGUUCGUCCAUGUCUCGAGGCUUGGGAGCGGGACGGCCAAGGGGGCAGAGGGUGUGAGGAAUGAGUUUGGGGAGAGGAUGGGCACGGCAAGAGUAGUUGAAGCACUGGAGGCGAAUGAUUGGGCCGGAGGUGGAAUGGGGUUAGGCCGCGAAGAGGAUGUGGAAGAUGAAGAAUGGCAAGGCAUCAGAGGGAGAGGGUUGUUGGAAGACGACGACGAGUUUGAUCCGGAGCGUCUUGGAUUUGGCUUUGAUAGGGAAGACUUUGUCGGGCUGCGACAAGCUAUCUGGUCCGGUGGUGAAGACGGCGCCGAGGGGCGAGAGGAGGUCGGAGAGGUCGGAGAUGAAGACGUCCAAAAGCUGGAGAGGAUGAUAGCCAAGUUGCAGGCAGUCAGGGACGCGAGCGCUGAGCUGCCGGACGAGCAGCGGAGGAGACUUGCAGCCCGGGCGGUCGGGGAAGUUAUGAAGGAACUCUGA